AACUCCAAGUCAUCAAGCUCCAGAUUUAGUGUAAACAGUAGAAAAUUAGAGAGUCAUACUCUGCAGCGGAAAUCAAGGAUAGAAAGUUUUCUUUAUCUGCAUUUCGGACAGACCACAGAGUUUCUCUUGGACUUUGUGCUAAAAGUUGUUCAAUUUUCUACUCUCAAAAGUUGACUCUUUUUAUCUUUUCUUCUCCACAUUCCCACAACUCCAAAAGACUCCUGACCCUGUUAACUUUUCUUCUGCCGAUAGCUCUGAAAUUAUGGGUGUAGAAUAUUGCAGGAAGAGUGGGCAGAUUCCGGCAUUUGGUGACUGGGAUAAGACAAAUGAGCUUCCAAUUACUCAGUAUUUCGAGUGCGCAAGGCAAGCCGGCCUGAUGCGCUGCACCUGUUCGGCGGAAUGUGUUUCGUGUAAUGCGACCGGUGGUUCUUGGGGUGCCGCCGCCGCUGAUCUUUACUCUGUUGAGUAUGAGAAACCGCCGUUUCAGGCCGUCUAUGGUGUUCCUCCACGAAAGACAAGGGGAAAUGCCAAGCGCUAUGCAGAUGUCACGGAACGGAGAAAGCAAGCUAAGGUGCACGAGGCAAUGGAACAGCGGAGAAGUCAGCCUUUGUCUCAGAAGAAUAAUAACAAGUCUGCUGAAUUUAACCCACGUCAAUCCAUAAUUAAUUCUGCGAAACCAGUGGACGAAGAUCUUUACAAAAUUCCCCCUCAUCUUCUUCACAAAACCAAACGUAAGAAAAUGUUGGGAUUCUUUUCCCGGUGCAUUGCUCCCCCUUGUGCAACAUGAGUUCGAGUUCAAGAUACGAUUUUGGAGAGAGACUCGGUGAGAUAGAAUGGAUAGUAAUUUUUGUAUGUCUGCAAAUCAGUCCCAUUGAUGCAAAAGUAUGAACAGAAGGGACCUUGAUCUGGUAAACACGAACUUGUAAUGACAUCUCUACUUAUUGAUAUGAUGAGUGUAUUAAAUUUAGCAUUGUAUGAACUGCAUUUUGUACCAUCUUCAUUGCCAAUGAAUUCAACACCUACUUUUAGUCCUAAUGUUGUUCGAAAAUCAAUGACUAAAUAUAUUGCCUCGCUGAAUGUA